AUGACAAAAUACAACUAUUGGAUUCAAGAAUCGCUGAAAAUUGUGAAAAAUUCGAGAUUUUAUCGAUUUUUCAUUGGAUUUUGGAGAGUUCUCACAACUUGCAAAAGAAUCGGAGCGAAAUUUCACGAUUUUCAAAUUCAAAUUCAAAAUUUUUGCGGAUUUCCACUAAUCGUAAGUUUCAAAAUCUCAUAAUUUAAUUUUCAAAUAAUAAUUUUUGAUAUUUUUUCAGGUCGAAGUCUGGAAAACCCUGGAAUUUUGAGAAAUUUGGAUUCAAAAAUAUCAAAUUUUGAAAAUCGGAAGAUACUGUAGUGGAUUCCUGGAGGCUUCAACAAAAAAAAUCAAUAAAAAACAAUUUUUUAUUCAACAUUUUUCAAAUUUUUUGCUCAUUUAUGAUGUUUUGAUUCAAAACAUCGAGCUCUGCACGGGAUUUUGGAGCUCCUGCAGAGCUUUUUCGUUUCUCAUUUCUUAGCUUGGGGGUUUUGGGGAUUUCUGGGCCCGCUGAAUUCAAGAAAUUAAUUUUGUUUUUUUCAGAUUCGCCUUCAACUUCUCAACAUUUUGCUGGCCGAUGGAUGUGGUUUGAUUUUUUCACGCUUUUGCCCGGAGAAAAUCCGAUUUUUUAUUUCAGAUCAACCAAAUGCGCUCCAAGGACAACAAUUUGGUUACGGUAAGUAUUUAUCUCAAAAUUUAAAAAAAAAAAUAAAUUAGAAAAUCUAAAAAGAAACUAAUAAAAUUCAGAAAUUUCUUUUUUUUAAAUUAGAAAAUCAUGAAAAUUCUGAAUUUUAUUAGUUAUUUUUUGGAAUUUCAGUGGAAAUGCGGAAGCUAUGCCCAAUUUUUGAAUUUUUAAUUAAAAACUUAUUUUUUUUAUUACAAAAUUCAAUUUUUUAUUCCAGGUUAGCUGUCAUCAAAUGUGCUCCAUUGGACAAUCAAAUUAAUGGAUACGGUAAGUAUUUAUAAUAAAAUAAAUUAGAAAUUCUGAAAUAUUCAAAAAGAAACUAAUAAAAUUAAGAAUUUUCUUUUUUUUAAUUAGAAAAUCAUGAAAAUUCUGAAUUUUAUUAGUUAUUUUUUGGAAUUUCAGUGGAAAUGCGGAAGCUAUGCCCAAUUUUUGAAUUUUUAAUCAAAAACUUUUUUUUUUAUUCAAUAAAAUCCAUUUUUUUUUUCCAGGUUAGCUGCCAUCAAAUGUGCUCCAUUGGACAAUCAAAUUAAUGGAUACGGUAAGUAUUUAUAAUAAAAUAAAUUAGAAAUUCUGAAAUAUUCAAAAAGAAAUUAAUAAAAUUCAGAAUUUUCUUUUUUUUAAUUAGAAAAUCUUGAAAAUUCUGAAUUUUAUUAGUUAUUUUUUGGAAUUUCAGUGGAAAUGCGGAAGCUAUGCCCAAUUUUUGAAUUUUUAAUUAAAAACUUAUUUUUUUUAUUCAAUAAAAUUCAAUUUUUUAUUCCAGGUUAA